AUGGAAAGCCCGAAGGGCACUGAUAAAUGCGGAAUAAAUGUUGCUCGUGAAUACAGAAGUUUGCUCAAGAAAGGUAUACUUAUGGCAUCCGGAAUUCCGAGGUUGGAUAUUGCUUUGGACGGUGGGUUUCAAAGCGGAGAAGUUGUAGAAAUUUGUGGAAGAUCUCUCAGUGGGAAGUCACAGUUUUGCAUGCGCAUUGCAGUUCAGGCUGCGAUUAACGGGUACAUGUGUACAGAACAGGAAAGCGCUUUCGACGUUUUUCGCCGAAUACGCGUGAUCGGGGCUACCAGCAUUUUUGGAGUCUUGGAUGAGCUGGAAAAGAUGCAGCAGGCGUUUGCCGGAAGGUCGGAUUAUGUUUCAAAGAUAGGCUGUCAAAAUUACGACAGACUUUACUGCGCUGAGAAAAUACUGAACAAAUUUGCGGGGACUAUCAAGUAUAUGGCGAAGCGGCGGAAUUUGGUUAUCGUCGUUGUCAAUAACAUUCGAGUGAUUCAUCAAAAUGGUGUAAAAGUGGAUCGGAUUAUGCUCGGUCGCCUGUGGAGCUUCGUGCCUCAAAUACGCGUAAUCUUCUCGCGCGUCGAUGCUCCGUCAUUGGGUCCCAAAGCCGGUCAACCACUAAAACUUCGUGUCAAAGUUGCGAGAAGCGUCCGAAGUCGAACGAAUGAGGAAUUUGACGUAGAAUUAACGAGUGGAGGCUUAAGAUGACAGGCGCGUGAUGUGUCACUGUAUUACCAAGUACCUAAUUCCUGGUUCGAUUCAAAAAUCCGAUAGAAUAUUGGUGUAAUUCGAUCGUCGAAAAUUUUUUUUUGGUUAUUCGCCUGAAUCGUAAAGAAAAGAAGCAAAAAUUUGAAUACAAUACUAAUUUUAAAUUUUAAUUCAAACUAAAAAAAAUCUAGUCAAAGGAUAUCUUAUUUGGAGAAAGUUCAGCAUCUUGGUCUUUGCGAUAGCACUCUUUUCAUAGCUGCUCAAUUUACUCCUUGCCUCAUAAGAGAAGUCUCAUGAGAGAAUCAAAAAGUGUUUCUUACAAAGUCGCUUAUGGUACUGCGUUACGAAAGGAUUACUAAUGAUUGUACGUCUUCCCGAAGAAUUUUACAGUUCUUGUGUGUGCAUUUUUU